AUGAUUCUAAAAUCAUAUGGCGGUUUACCACCCCACCUCCUGCCUGAUCGAGAGAUACAUGUCAUCGUAUCCGUUCUCUCUGGUCGUCACAAGGCUCAGGAGUAUUAUGACGAGACCUUGAAACCGCUUCUCGACGACCAUCACAUUGAAUACUCAACGCACACCACAACUUCUGCUCAGACAGUUAUUGAGCUAUGCCGAUCAUUAAUCAUUCCCAAUGCUACACAGGGAGUCAAACAGACCAUCAUCCUACUUUCGGGAGACGGAGGAGUCGUGGACAUUGUCAAUACUCUCACCACAGAUCUGAACCGGAGUAGCGACGAUGUUAGACGACCUUCAGUGUUCAUGAAGCCCGUCAUUGCGGUGAUCCCCAUGGGUACUGCGAAUGCUUUGGCAUGGAGUUCAAAAGUGGCACAAGAUGCUCUUCAAGUCCUAUUCGCAGGUACGCCCAAACCGUUACCGUCCUUUCAGGCCACCUUUAGUCCUGGCUCAAAAUUGGUCACCGACGAAGGGCGAGGUAGGGAAUCGCUCGCCGAGUCUGAUGACGUUGAGAGUGUGAUGUAUGGUGCAGUCGUGGCCAGUUGGGGACUCCAUGCCAGUCUCGUGGCUAUGAGCGAUACUGCAGAAUAUCGAAAGCACGGACUAGAGAGAUUUAGGAUGGCGGCUGAAGAGUUGCUCAAGAAUGUGCACGUUUACACUGGAAAGAUCAAAUGGAGAAACACGAGUGAUGAGUGGGAAGAGUUGCCGGGCUCCAAACACGCCUACAUCUUGACGACAUUGGUCUCAAACCUGGAAGAACAUUUCCAGAUAUCUCCAGACACCAAGCCCUUAGACGGGUCUUUGCGUCUUCUUCACAUUGGCCCUGAGCCCGUCCAAGAUAUUUUGCGUAUACUGGGUCUUGCAUACCAGGCUGGAAAGCACGUCACUGAUCCGAAGGUCACCUACAAGGAAAUCGACGCUUUGAGGAUAGAACUCGACGAAGAAGACGAGCUGUGGAGACUGAUCUGCAUUGAUGGCAAGAUUGUCGCAGUGGAAAAGGGAGGGUGGGUUGAAGUCAAGUGGUUAGCGGGGAGUGGGAUUGAUGGAAGACGAGUGGUCGAACUUGUGUGCUGA